AAAGUAUGCCAAAAUGGCGGACGAGUGGCGACAGUGUGUAGAUUGGCUCAUCGAAUGUAGGAUUUUACCGGUUGAUCACAAGGCUAAACAAGAUGAUGCACAGGCUUUUGAUCUGGCACAAACUCUUCGUGAUGGUGUGCUUUUAUGUCAUUUGCUUAAUAGCCUUAAACCGUACUCGGUGGACAGCAAAGAUUUCAGUCCAAGGCCUCAGUUAUCACAGUUCUUAUGUCUUAAGAACAUCCGAGCAUUCCUCUCCGCCUGCGAGAAAAUGUUUCGUAUUGACAGCAGAGACCUGUUUGAACCACUAGACCUGUUUGAAGUGAAAAACUUCAGGAAGGUUCUGCACACCUUAUCAAAGCUUUCCAAAACUGACAUUGUUCAGAAAAAAGGCAUCCGAGGAUUCCCCCCAAAUGACCAAAAUGAUGAAGUUGAGGAAGAUAUUUACGGCAAUCUGUCCAACAUGGCUAUCGACCAUGGAAUCGAAGAUAAUGAGGAACUAUACGAUUCAGUUUACCAGGAGGGUGAUGAUGAAAUAUACGAGGAUAUCGUGUCUAUGAAACGUAAACGUAGAACUACGCACCCCAGUGGAAGUUCAUCUCGGUUAAGCGUCCCAGGCGAGGCUUCUAUGACAAAGAGGGACUACUGUAUCAAGGAGAUGGUUGACACAGAGAGAAACUACGUAGACGCCCUUAAAAUGAUCGUAAACUACUUCAUACAGCCGCUGAUGGCCAGCUCUCUCCUCUCACAGACAGACAAGGACAUCAUAUUCAGCUCUGUAGAGCGUAUGGAGGAGGUCCACUCAGUCUUCUUCCAUGAGCUGGAGAAGGCGUGUUACAGUCCGGGGAAAACCCGGCUACACGAAGUGUUCAUCAAAUACAAGAGCAAGUUCCUGCUGUACGGGGACUAUUGCUCCAACCUUCCGCGCGCACAGGAGCACAUCGAGGAAUUGAUCAAGAAGAAUGAGCAAGUCAGGGAUAAGAUAGAGGAGUGUGAGAGGACUGCCAAUGAGGGCCGGUUUCGAUUGCGUGAUCUGCUCCAUGUGCCAAUGCAGCGAGUGCUCAAAUACCACCUGCUACUGAGGGAGCUGAUAAAGAAUACAGAUCGUGACAGUGAGGAUCAGUUCUACCUACAGCAAGCUCUGGAGUCCAUGCAGGACCUCUCUCUGUAUGUGAACGAGGUGAAACGAGACAAUGAAGCCCUGGCGCUCAUAGAGGAAAUACAGCGCUCAAUCGUCGACUUACAGAUGCCUGCAAACACGAGUCUGAGGGAUUAUGGGAAACUUCAAAAGGACGGUGAGCUGAAAGUCCGGAGUCACAUUGACAAUCGUGUUCGACAGAGAUACAUAUUCCUCUUCGAUAAAGUCAUGCUGAUGGCCAAAACCCGGAUUGUGAAUAAACUACUAUGGGGAGACACAUACAGCUUCAAGGAGGCGAUUGUCCUGUCCGAGUACAAGGUGGACACCUCAUCCGCCAUCAGGGACGGCCAGAGAAGACCAGAAAAGUGGAACUGCACCUUUCAAAUGGUAAAGCAGGACAACUCCAUGACGUACACGUUACUCUCCAAGACCGAGGAGAUCAAACAAAAGUGGAUAGAGGCCAUCCACCUUGCCCUAGACAAUACUCAGCCUACAGCGGGGCGGGACCACAUUAUGACAACGUUUAAUGAACCGAAAGUCUGUGAUAUAUGUGGAAAACUACUUAGAGGAGUGUUCUUUCAAGGAUAUAAAAAUCCCAAGAAUGGUCAGUGUGUACAUAAGGAAUGUAUUGGGAAAACCAAACAGGAGGCCCCCCCGAAACCACCCAAACCUGAAGAUAAGCACAAGAGCACAGUUCGCUACAGUGGUGCAGCAGCAGGCCAGCCAUUGCCAGGCGGUGGCCGACGACCCCUGUAUUUCCGUGAGGGGGAGAUAAUCACUGUGGUGAAAAAGGACGGCGACUGGUGGGAGGGCAGGAAGGGAGGUGACUUGGGCUGGUUCCCCUUCCAGUAUGUGGAGGCACUUAAGAACACGCCAAAGCGGCAGGGCUCAUAUUUGGACUGGAAGAUCAAGAGCCGACGCUCACCAGCUCCCUCACCCCCUCUGUGCAAGCUUCAGGGCUAUGUUAACGUCCCAAGUAGUGACAUGGCUCAUUUCGACUGGUUUGCUGGACGACUGGACCGGUCCAAGGCUGGACAGAUGCUGGAGCAUCUCCCUAACAGCUCCUUUCUGGUCAGGGAGAGUGCCACAGGGCCACGUGCAGGAGACCCUGCCCUUAGUAUCAAAUACAAUGACACAGUGCGACACAUCAAAAUUGAGCAUGAUAAAAGCAAUGGGUACUACUUGUCAGACACGCGAUACUUUCACACUGUGCCGGAGCUGAUUGAGUAUUACCAGAACCACUCACUGUCUGACAGUUUCCCUGAGGUUACCACGGGCCUCAAAUACCCAUACAAGACUGUCGCAAGCUCCCCUACCGAUGUUGAUGAGCUUGAGGACAGAGUUAGUGCCCUUAGCUUCACGCAAUCAGCACACAAUGGUAACAUUGCUGCACGAACAGGUCCUAAACAAGAACAGCCUGUCAAUGGUGUAAGGAUCCUAAGCUAUGCCCAGGCUGUGUAUGAUUAUGCAGCAACUGCUACAUCCCAGAUCAGCCUGAAGGCAGGUGACCGUUUGGCCGUGCUCAGCAAGACUGGCAGCGACAAGGGCUGGUGGAAGGGCCAACAUUGUUCCACAGGAAAGUUGGGGUAUUUCCCGUUUGCCUACGUGAAGGAGGAGGAGGAAGAAUGAACCAGGUGCCAUCUCCUUUUAUACACUCUACUUGUGCUUUCAUCAUUAUAAUGCCUGUGACAUCAUCAGUUUGUGUGGUGACAUUAUCAAUCCGUGGGCUGACAUCAACAAUCAGUGUGGUGACAUCAACAAUCGGUGUCAUGACAUCAUCAAUUUGUGUCAUGACAUCAUCAUUCUGUGUGCAGACAUCCUUUAUGUGCUGACAUCAUUAGUUUGUGUAUUGACAUCAUCAGUCUGUGGGAUGACAACACCCUUUGUACUGACACCUUCAGUAUAUGUCAUGACAUCAUCAGUCUCUGUGGUGACAUUAUUAGGCUGUGUGCUGAUGUCACCAGCCUCGAAUGACUCCCAAGUAUCUGUGAUGUCGCCAAUUCAUGAGUGAAGUCAUCACAACCCGCGCACACAUUGCUGGCCAGGACGUUCGGCCUGUGGACUCACUGUAGACUGGUAUCACUCAUCACAUACAUAGUUGCAUUUAACUACCACACUGAUCGCAUUGCCAUACUGUAUGUUACAGAUUAAGUCUUCUUUUUUGCCCGUUCUGAAACUGUUUAAUCACUGUUCAUUGAUGAGGAGCAAACUCUGAUCAGAUAUCCCCUGUCUUAAGAUGCAGCAGUUAACUGUAUAAUCUAAGUAAAACAUGGUGUGGAUAUUGCCUAUGUAAAAAAAACUUGAUUUUGUACUGAUUUUUGCAGAAAUUGAUUUAAUAACAAAGUGGUAAUGUUUACUAUGUUACAUGUUGUUGGCAGAACGGAUGCCUAUUUUGAACACUUUACUUACUCUUACUGAAUUACUGUGUGUGUUAUACCUGUUAGUGAAAGUACGCUAUCAUGGAUAAAGCAUUCUAAACAUAUUGAGUUCUUUGCAGAUAUAACAUAUUGAUUAAUAAAGCUUACCUCAUUUAAGCUGUCAUAAUAUGUAUGUUCUGUCUCAUUGCUUGAUGAUUGAGAUUGCAAUUUACGGAAAAUGUGACAUUUGUAAGGCAGAUUAUGAAUCUGAAAUAAAUGGAUGCUUUAGAGAGAAAAUGAACAAUUGCAUUGUACAAUAUCUAUCCAUAAAUCACUUGUAUCGGGUAUAUGUAUAUGUGUUUUUCUGUCAUGUUUGGAAUAUGUACAUGUAAUACAUGACAAUCAUAAAAUGUGAGUAAUAUCUCAUUCAUUAAGGGACACACUGUUGGUCCAAGGGGAGGUAACUAUUCCUGAUCUUUAGCCAGUCAAUUACUGUAGGUAGCUGAAAAUUUAAAACUUGACAAAUAUUAAAUUUCGAACAUUUGGCAAAGAUUACCGGUAUGCUACAGCGUAACAAUUUGAGACCACCUGAAUUUUUGCCAAAAUAAUGGAUCUGAUGAUAAAUGAACAAUCUAUAGAACAAAAUUAAGAGGAGGACGUUGACACGAACAAAACCUUAUUGUAGAUACUGAAUUUCUGUAGAUUUUUACUUUGUAAAAACUUUGUCCAAAAAAUGCUUGGACUACGAUCAGUAAAGUUGUGACAUUUUGUUUAUAGAUUUUUUUCUCUAGGCAGUUAUUUUUUUUGAUAUUUUUAUGUUAAUUUACUGUUAUUCAUGUGGAAAUAGACAUGUAUGUUUUAACUGUUCAGGUUCUUAUUGUUAUUUUACAUUUUGGUGCACUGUGAAAGAAGUUUUCUUAAUUGUGUUUACCAAAAUGUGUUUAUUGUUAUUUUAUUGUGUUCUAUAUCUUUCCAUUAGUAAUUCAAAACAAGAACUGUAGCAGAAUGACUCGUAUUUUUCAAAUUCUAAAAAAGAAUCAUAAAUUUCCAAAAAUAAUGCUUUCAAGUUAUUUUUUUGUCAAAAAUGUGAAAUCUAAUAAUCUGUACAGUUGAAAUAAUUGCUUGUACUCAGUAACUGGCACUUAUAUUUUGUUGUCUGCUCAAUUUAUACUAAUUGAAUUGUAUCCAGCUAUAAGGCUUAAAUAUUUCGUUGAAUCUAUAAAAAUAUCUUGAAUAUCUGUUUUUUAUGGAAAUAUUAAUCUAGGUUGAUGCUUAGAACUAUUAGCUGGAGCCAAAUGUUUCUAUUGUUUUUUAUGAAACAGAACUUAUAGAUACAGCUUCUUUAUAAAGGGACUGGCUCAUGGUUUUGGACCAAUUUUUGUUUCAAGAAAAUGCAUCUGAAAACUCUAAUAUUAUAACUUUUUUAUUUUUUGAUACAGAAAUUGCAGAAAAAAAUACAAUUUAAGUAUAAAAAACACCUGGUGUUAGUGGGGAGUGAAACCAUCGCUGGUAAAGUAGAAUUUUUAUUAAAACUGACAAAAACCGCAGGCCCACAAGGACUAUAACAUAAACUCAAGGAUAAUUUAACUUUUAAGCCUUUUGUUGAAAAGCAUUACUAGCGCUUUCCCAAAUCAUGGACGUCAAAGGCGUUAUUUUAGAAUAUAUCAACAUUUGUCGCCACCAGCAUCUUAAUAUUAACAAUCCUAAUAAUUUGCAACACAUUUUUUUUAUUUUUUUAAGUGCAUUUUACAAAACAUGAGCGGGUCCCUUUAAAAAGAUGCUUAAAAUAAAUUUAUAAGCCAAGCCCAUGGUUAGUGCAAACAAUAUUAUUAUACCUAUAAGCAAUGUCUACCAUUUUUUUAAUGUUAUAACAAAUCAUUAUCUUCUUUUUCAACAGCCAAACACAGUCCAUAUAUUGUUCUUGCAUUAAAGUUGUUUUUAUUGCAUUGCAUUGGUUGCCCUUAUAAUGGGAAUCCCAAAGCAAAUAUCUUUCAGAGCCAAAAUACAUGUAAAUUGUGAAGAUGUUUAAAUCAUGCUAUUUGUAGCGUACAUAUUGAUGUAAGUGAAUAUUAAGUAUGUUGUGCUUGUUGGGAUCGAAAUUGUUUUGCAAAAUGUCUUAAUUUAAAAAUGAAGCUUAAAGUAAAGCUGUUAGCUUGAAUGGUCAGUUUGUGUAAUUGAUUGAUAUAUUUACAUUGACAAGUACUUAUAUAUGAUAAAACAAUAUUGUUCCUUUUUCCAUUAACAUCGCUGACCGAAUUCCGGGCAUAGUAGUAUUUACCUUUAAACAUAACUACUUUUCAAACUUAAACAAUUGAAAAUACUUAAAAUCUCGAAAAAUCAAUGUGUUCAAAUUUGUGUCAUUUUUACAAAUUUAAGAUUUUUGAAGAUGCGACUUAAAUCCUUUAUUGAAAAUGAGUGUUAUUUAAUUAAGUUUAUAAGAAAACCAUGUAACUUUCUUAAUUUUUGAAUGUUGAAAAUGUUUCAAUAAAUGUUGUAUUCUAGAUGAUAAAGAAAUCAGUGUAUUGUUUCACAGUUUAUAUUAUACUACAUGUUGUAUACCCAAGUAUAAAGACCGUUUUUUCCCUUCGACAUACCAUGUAUACAUUGAUUUAUUAUGUGUGUUUUUUAUACAUUCUGUCACAAAAAAGUGAAUUAUCUGUUGUAAUUGCCUUUACUGGAUUUUUCAAUACCAUUUUGAAUUUGUCAAAUCACCUAGUGAUCGUCUUUGUCCGUAUAGUUGCCAAACAGUCGAAUGAAACUUGAAAUAAAACAGCAUGGGCUUACAUGAUCCAGUUUUGUCAUGUUUAUAGGUCUUGUGAGGUUGCAGUAAAUGACAAGCUGGAUUUAAACCUGUCGGCAGCAUUAUUGCUUGUAUACAUGUGAGCUAACUAGUUUGAAAGAGAACAAUCGCUAAGGCCACCAUUAAAUAAAUACUUUCUUUGGCCUUAUUUUGAAAAAGAACUGUCAAUAAGGCCACCAUUAAAUAAAUACUUUCUUUGGCCUUAUUUUGAAAAAGAAAUGUCAGUAAGGCCACAAUUAAAAACUGCUUUCUUUGGUUUUACCUUGAAAAAAAAACUGUUGCUUAGGUCACAAUUAAAAAAACUUUUGGCAUUAAAUAACAAACAAAAAACUGUCGAUAGUUAGUUUAUCCAAGUUUAUAUGUGAGCGUGUUAAAUAUGUUACAUACUGUAUUCCUUUGUUAUAUUAUAAUUUAAGAAAAUUAUUUGUAUUAUAUUUUAUUUUAUUGAACUUUUCUGUUUGUUAAAUUAUCUAUUAUAUUUCAUUUAGUGCUAACAUUUAAAUAAAUGUGUAAAAUCAAA